UGAUAGCACCGAAAGCCUAGCUAGAAGGCGGUACCAGCUGCGGCAGCCGCCUUUCGAACCAGGACACAGCACGAGGGAUUUUCUCUCUGGAAGGUGGUGGUGGACACGAGGCGGGUUUUUUCAGGGAGGAGGAGGAUGAUGAUGGCAACGGUGAAGGCCGAGCCGGCGAUGGCGGCGGCGGCGGCGGAGGGCAGCGGGCGGAGGGACGCGGAGGCAGACCUCAACCUGCCGCCGGGGUUCCGGUUCCACCCCACCGACGAGGAGCUCGUCGUGCACUACCUCUGCCGGAAGGUCGCCGGGCAGCCGCAGCCCGUCUCCAUCAUCGCCGAGGUCGACCUCUACAAGUUCGAUCCCUGGGAUCUGCCUGAGAGGGCGCUGUUCGGGAGCAGGGAGUGGUACUUCUUCACGCCGCGGGACCGCAAGUACCCCAACGGCUCGCGCCCCAACCGCUCCGCCGGGACCGGCUACUGGAAGGCCACGGGCGCCGACAAGCCCGUGCCGUCCAGGGACAGCGGCGGCAGGACGGUGGGCAUCAAGAAGGCGCUCGUCUUCUACGCCGGGAGGGCGCCCAGGGGGGUCAAGACGGACUGGAUCAUGCACGAGUACCGCAUCGCCGAGGCUGACCGCGCGCCAGGCAAGAAGGGAUCACUCAAGCUGGAUGAGUGGGUGCUGUGCCGCCUCUACAACAAGAAGAACAACUGGGACAAGGUCAAGGUGGAGCAGGACAUGCCCGCCGUGGCGGCGCCGCACCACCACAGACAGAACGGGGAGGUCAUGAACCCACUGGUGGACACCCAGGCCCUGUCCGACAGCUUCCAGACGCACGAUUCCUCAGACAUCGACAGCGCCACCGCCCUGCCGCAGUCUCAGCAGCACGGCUUCAGCAGGGACAUGGCGUUGCAGGGGCAGGCGAGGGACGGCAUGGUGGCCGUCAAGGACGACAACGACUGGCUCGCGGGCAUGAACAACGACCUGCAGUCCUGCUACAUGAGCCAGUUCGGGCAGAUGGCGAACCCGGCGGCCGCGCCUUGGCAGGACGUCGGCAGCGGCGGCUACCUGCAGUCGAUGACCUCGCCGCAGACGAGGAUGUGGCAGACGGUCAUGCCACCCUUCUGAUGAGAUGGAACAAGAAGACCAGAGACAUCCUGUAAAUAACAAGAGGGGGCAAGAUAGAUAAUAUUUGAACUAUAAACAGAGAGAGAAAACAUGAUUGAUUCUGCAAGAUGUGGUGGUAGGUCUGUAGUAAUGUAUUCUUUGGUUUCGAUCUUAGGCAUUUGGUAUCCUGCGAGAAACAUAUCCUUUUUGUCCUCAUUAAUCAAACUAAGUUAUUCACCCCUUGACCAA